AUGGAUGAGAAAGAAACAAAUUGCACAUUUGUAGUUGUAGGAGGUGGUAUUUCUGGAGUAUCCUGUGCUGAAAGUAUUGGUUUUCUUGCCCCACAAGUAGAUACCAUUUUAAUUACAGCAAGUCCUUUGAUAAAAGCAGUUACAAAUAUAGUCCCACUUGGUAAAACAUUAAUGCAGUUCAGUGUGGAAGAGAAGGACAUAACAACCUUGUCAAAGACAAAUGAUUCAUUAAAAAUUAUUCAUGAUUUUGUAAUUAAAAUAAAUGUUCCAAAUAAACAAGUAUUGACAAAAAGUGGAAAAGUUAUAAAUUAUAAAAUGCUAUGCCUCUGUAAUGGUGCUAGACCAAAACUGAUAGCAGAACAUAAUGAAUUUAUCUUAGGAAUUCGAGAUACUGAAUCGGUUGUUCAGUUUUCUAAAAAAAUUCAAAAUUCGAAAAGAAUUAUAGUAGUUGGAAAUGGAGGUAUUGCUACUGAAAUUGUACAUGAAGUAAAUGGCAUUGAAAUGAUAUGGGUAAUUAAAGACAAACAUAUUUCUGCAACAUUUGUUGAUCCUGGUGCUGCAGAAUUUUUCAUGGAUAGAGUAUAUAAAUCUGAUCAAUCUACAAAUGACAAUAAAAAUGCUCCAACUAAAAGAAUGAGAUAUACAGUAUCUAACACAGCAGUUGUAAAAGGUGGACCAGCUUUAGGUCCAGACUGGCACAAUAAUUUUGAUAUAACAAGUACUUCCUUUAAAUCGACAAAAGUACAAGUGGAAUAUGAAUGUGAAAUUGUGAAAAUUCUUAGUCCAUCUGAACAAAAACAAUUUGAUCCCACAGAGCAAUGGUCUAUAUAUGCAGAAUUGACAAAUGGGAAUAUUAUUGGUUGCGAUUUUAUUGUAUCAGCAACAGGUGUAAUACCAAAUUCCAACAUAAUGGGUUUAGAAGAUCUUAAGAAAGGAAAAGAUGGGGGACUAUUAGUAGAUUGGAAACUAGAAACUUCAGAACAAGAUAUAUAUGCUGCAGGAGAUGUAUGUAGCGCCGGAUGGGAAUUAGCAAAACAGUGGUUUCAGAUGAGAUUAUGGACACAAGCUCAUCAAAUGGGAAUUUAUGCAGCAAAAUCGAUGACUUCUAAAUUAAAAAAUGAGGAAUUUUUGCAAGAUUUCUGCUUUGAAUUGUUUAGUCAUGUAACUAAAUUCUUCGGUUACAAAGUAGUUUUACUUGGUCUAUAUAAUGGACAAAAGUUGAAUGAUAAGUAUGAAAUUCUACUACGAAUGACUAAAGGACACGAAUAUAUAAAACUUGUACUAGAAAAUGGUAAAAUGCAAGGAGCAGUACUGAUUGGAGAUACCGACUUGGAAGAGAUGUGUGAAAAUUUAAUACUUAAUCAGUUGGACUUAAGUAUUUAUGGAGAAGAUUUACUGAAUCCUGACAUCGACAUUGAGGAUUAUUUUGAUUAGUUGUAAAUUUUCAUUUUGCUUUUAUUACCUGUUAUAGAAUAUACAAAGUGUACAUGAAACUAUAUUAGAAUAAAGUAGUUAAUCACAUUAA